AUGGUAAGCAAUGGACAACAAAUGUGUUUAACUAAAUUUCUUAUUAUAUUGGUGGUUGCGAUUGCCGCAGUAACUGCAGACAGUGCAGGUUACAGUUAUCCCAAGCCAGCUGCAUCAUCCCCUGUUCCGGCCAAACAAAAGGGUUAUAGCUAUCCAAAGCCCGAAAAACAAUUCCCGGCUCCAGCUAAACAGCCAAGCUAUAAUAACCCCAAGCCAGCUGCUUCAUCGCCAGUUCCAGUAAAACAAAGUUACUCUAAUCCCAAACCAGCCGCCUCAUCACCUGUACCAGUAAAACAAAAGGGUUACAGUUAUCCAAAACCCGAAAAACAAUUCCCGGCUCCAGCUAAACAGCCAAGCUAUAAUAACCCCAAACCAUCCGCUUCCUCACCAGUUCCAGUAAAACAAAGUUACAAUAAUCCCAAACCAGCCGCCUCAUCACCUGUAGCAGUUAAGGAAAAAGGCUAUAGUUAUCCCAAACCCGAAAAACAAUUCCCCGCUCCAACUAAGAAAGAAACUUAUAACAAUUACAAACCAGCCGCAGCAGUUAAAAAGGAAAGUUACAACAAUCCAAAACCUUCCGCCUCAUCUCCAGUUCCAGCAAAACAAAAAGGCUAUAAUUAUCCCCAACCAUCAAAACCAUUCCCUUCUCCCGCCAAAAAGGAAACUUAUAACAAUCCAAGACCAGCUGCCUCUGCUCCAGUUCCAACCAAAGAAAAGGGCUACAAUUAUCCCAAACCAGAAAAACCCUUCCAAUCACCAAAACCUGCGGCAUCCUCACCAGUGCCCGUCAAAAGUGGUUACAGCUAUCCAAAGCCUUCAAAAGUUUUUAGAUACUAA